UUAUUUAGUCAGUUCUCACCAUUUUAUGGAUCCACAAUGUGGUUAAGACUUGAAUAUUCUCAGAUAUUUAGCCUACCCACCACAUAUUGUUAAAAUCUGACGUUGGCAUCUACAAGAAAAAAGGAGUUUAGUUGCAUCACGAUGAAGGCACUCAUUCUUGUUGGAGGGUUCGGGACUCGGUUAAGACCAUUGACUCUCAGUUUACCAAAGCCGCUUGUUGAUUUUGCUAAUAAACCCAUGAUCAUCCAUCAGAUAGAGGCUCUUAAGGCUGUUGGAGUUGAUGAAGUGGUUUUGACAGUCAAUUACCAAGCAGAGGUGAUGCUUAACUUCUUGAAGGACGCUGAGGCAAAUCUUAAAAUCAAAAUCACUUGCUUACGGGAGACUGAGUCUAUAGGUACGGCUGGUCCUCUGGCACUAGCGAGAGACAAACUGGUUGACGGAUCUGGAGAACCUUUCUUUGUCCUUAACAGUGAUGUGAUUAGUGAGUAUCCAUUCAAAGAAAUGAUUGAGUUUCAUAAAGCUCAUGGUGGGGAAGCCUCCAUAAUGGUGACAAAGGUUGAUGAACCGUCGAAAUAUGGAGUUGUGGUCAUGGAAGAAACUACAGGAAAAGUGGAGAAGUUUGUCGAAAAGCCAAAACUCUAUGUAGGCAACAAGAUCAACGCUGGGAUUUAUCUUCUGAACCCGUCUGUUGUUGACAAGAUUGAGCUAAGACC